AGUCAAAGUAGAAGUAAUGACAAGGCUACAGAUACUUUGAUGUUUGUUUCUAAGAAGCGCAACAGAAUUAGCAUUUCAUCUUGUGAGUUCUGUAUACGAAUUCAUCUGGUCCUUUUCAUUCUCUUUCUUUCGGAACUUUGGUCUUUUAGCCUUUCACGUUCCUGACCUCACCCAGUUUGGAGCUUGAGGAUGGCAUGAUGGACAAGCAUGGGGCAGAAGGCAGGAUUACUCAGCAGCUAUGCUCCUUGCCAACUUGACCUGAACAUGGUAAAAUGUUUGCCGCUAGCAACUUGACGAGAGGAGGCUAUCAAAUGAGCAAAAAGAAGAAAAAAAUGGUUGAAAGAAAUAGAGAAAAUCAUCACAUCGAACAGCUGCAUCGUGUGCAUACAUAAAUACGUGUGUGUUUAGACACCACAGAUAUCGGAUUAAAACUGUAACCAAUGGUUACCCUUUUAACAUGAACCGAACUAAAUACAUGUGACAUUUGCAUUAAGUAACGAACUAUUAUAAACUUCUAAAAACUCGCGCAUCCAAUACUCUCAACAAUUUAUCGAGAAAUUUAUUCUGGACUUUGAGAGGUAUAAUGUAGUCUUCGUAAUUUAAACGUUGGAGUCAUUGUUAAGCCGAUUCUAUGACAGGUUUAAUCCUAAUCAAUUCCAUAACGUGGAUAACAAGGUUCAGAUAUCGAUGGCCGUUCCAUUGUUUGGAGAAGUAAACCAGCUAGGAGGCGUUUAUGUCAACGGCCGACCACUUCCUAAUGAAGUCAGGCUUCAAAUUGUCGAGCUUGCACAGUUAGGCAUUCGCCCAUGCCAAAUCAGCCGACAACUUCGAGUAUCCCAUGGUUGUGUCUCCAAAAUCUUAACCCGAUACUAUGAAACAGGUUCAAUUUUUCCCGGAGCUAUUGGUGGCAGCAAACCUCGAGUUACCACACCCGAGGUGGUGUCAUACAUUAGGAAACUAAAAAAGAACGAUCCGGCCAUCUUUGCCUGGGAGAUAAGAGAACGUUUACUGACUGAUGGGUUGUGUGACAAACACAACAUCCCGUCAGUCAGUAGUAUCAGCCGAAUUUUACGGAAUAAACCUAGACCAUUAGCCGUUUGCCUGAAUCGACACUUCUUUUAUGGUACUUCCAAGACAAGUACACUUUUGCAUCAUCCUCUCUGCUUAUACCCGUAUUCCUCUGAUACACACUAUUUGGCUUCUAACUACUCCACAUUACCAACGAAGACUGACAGAUCAGUAGAGAUAGUUAGUCCUCACGCUAUGUCAGCCCUUCUCGGUCCUCAGUUGUCUAGAUCAGAACACGAGCGAAAUAUAAUUUCAAGUGGUCAGGACAGUUACAACAAGUAUAUGUAUUUCAAUUGUCCUUUACCCGUUUGAUGCUGGCUGUUUCCUUUUUCAUUUUAUAGUUGUCAGAUAAGCGCUACAAUGGACUUGUCAUUUUUAAACUAUCAGCUAAUGUCGUCUUUAAGUUCUGAAUUUUGACUUUAUAAAUCAAAUAAAUAUGUGUCAAUGUUAAAAA